AUGGCUUCCAUCACCAAAGACGAUUUGGAAACCAUUUAUUUCUCCAACAUGGAUGAGGCACCAGCUAGGCGUCGUGCUCGUGAGGCCUUUAAGGAUAUUCAGCUUGCCAUUGAUCAUUGCUUAUUUCGGUUUCCAGCAGAUGAGGUGAACAUGAAAGAGGGUUAUGAAGUGAACUCCAGAGGAUUAGAAAUAUUCUCUAAAAGUUGGCUACCAAAAGGAUCUCCUUUGAAAGCACUUGUUUGUUACUGUCAUGGUUACGCGGACACUUGCACAUUUUACUUUGAAGGAGUUGCAAGGAAGUUAGCUUCAUCUGGGUAUGGAGUAUUUGCAUUGGAUUACCCUGGAUUUGGCCUUUCAGAUGGUCUUCAUGGUUAUAUUCCUAGCUUUGAGAAUCUAGUGAAUGAUGUCAUUGAGCAUUUCACAAAAAUUAAGGAACAAAAGGAGUACCAACAUUUACCAAGUUUUUUGUUGGGUGAAUCUAUGGGAGGAGCCAUUGCUUUGAACAUCCACUUCAAACAACCUACUGCUUGGGAUGGUGCUGCUCUUAUUGCACCUUUGUGCAAGUUUGCAGAGGAUAUGAUUCCACAUUGGUUAGUGAAGCAGAUACUCAUUGGUGUGGCUAAGCUUCUCCCCAAAACUAAGUUAGUUCCACAAAAGGAAGAAGUGAAAGAGAAUAUAUUUAGAGAUGUAAACAAGAGAAAACUGGCACCCUUUAAUGUGUUGCUCUACAAGGAUAAACCAAGACUGGGAACUGCCUUGGAGUUGCUGAAAGCCACACAAGAGCUAGAACAACGAUUGGAAGAAGUUUGUCUGCCAUUAUUGAUCAUGCAUGGAGAGGCUGAUAUAAUAACAGAUCCAUCAGCUAGCAAGGCUUUGUACGAGAAAGCUAAAAUUGAUGACAAGAAACUAUGCCUCUAUAAGGAUGCCUUCCAUACACUUCUAGAAGGUGAACCUGAUGAAACUAUAUUUCACGUGCUUGAUGACAUUAUAUCUUGGCUUGAUGAGCAUAGCAGCAGAAAAAACAAAUAUUAA